AUGUCAAAACGUAUAUAUGUGAGUGGCUGGGAUAAGCACAAAAAAAAAAUGAAACAACAGAACGAAAACAAUAUUGCAGCAAAUGUUAUGAAAUCGUGGAUUAAAAAAUCAGUUGUAUCCAACACUUCAGAUGCUGUUGAAAAUGAUCCACAAAAUGAAAUUAUAAAAGAGAAUGAUAGUUCAGAAGUUGUAUCCAACACUUCAGAUGCUGUUGAAAAUGAUCCACAAAAUGAAAUUAUAAAAGAGACUGAUAGUUCGGAAGUUAUAUCCAACACUUCAGAUGCUGUUGAAAAUGAUCCACAAAAUGAAAUUAUAAAAGAGAAUGAUAGUUCAGAAGAUUUUGGAGGCCUAAAUUUAACUUUGAAGUAUCCAACUGAUCGUGGACAUUUUGAAGGUGAAGUAUGCACAUCAUUAAAAAAGAGUAUUUUGUUAUUCGGACAAUGCAAACCAUCAAUCAAAUUUCCUAGGAACCAUGUUAAUAGAUGUUUUUCUACUGGUUAUUACUAUAUAACAACUAAAACAGGUAUCAAAAUUCCACGGCAAUGGUUAUGUUAUUCUUUAAUAUUAGAUAAAGCAUAUUGUGAGUUUUGUUGGCUUUUUGCUAACCGGCAAUAUGAGCAUUUUAAAUAUGAAUGGAUUUCUGGCGUUGACGACUGGCAACAUUUAUCACAACAAAUUUCUAAACAUGAAAAUUCUAUUCAACAUAUAAAUGCAACAGAAAUUAAAAGAUAUUGGGAAAAAAAUAAAACAUUAGAUACAGAUUUAGAGAAACAAAUAUCUGAAGAAGCAGAGUAUUGGAGGAAUGUUCUUCGUCGAGUUAUUCAUGUAAUUUUAACUCUUACAUCUGGUAAUAUUGCCCUCCGAGGAAACGAAGGGAAGAAAGGUAAUCUUCAAGAAAUUGAAGGUAACUUUAUGCGUACUAUUAGAUUACUUGCAAAAUUUGAUCCUUUUGUUCAUAAUUUAUUAAAUGAUUCAAAAAAACAUGUAAAAUACUUAAGUUGGAAAAUUCAAGACGAGCUUAUAGAAAUUUUAGCAUCAGAUGUACGUAAUAGUAUAUGUGAUGAGGUUAAAAAGUGUUCUUGGUUUUCAAUUAUGCUUAAUUCUACCCAAGAUAUAACUAAAAUUGAUCAAGUGAGCGUGAUUAUUAGGUAUGUCUUUGUUGAAUAUGAAAAUCACACAUUAGAUAUAAGGGAAUCUUUUUUAGGAUUUUUUGCAUUACAAAAUCAUGGUUCAUCUGAUUAUGCUGAACUGUUGCUAAAAAUACUGACUAAGAUUGGUUUAGAUAUAAAAAAAUGUCGUGGUCAGGGUUAUGACGGCGCUUCUGCAAUGAGUGGUGCCCAUUUUGGAGUACAAAAACGAAUUAUUAAUAUUGUGCCUACAGCUCUUUACGUCCAUUGUUGUGCACAUAAUUUAAACCUAGUAAUUUCUGAUGCUGCUAAAACUUCACAAAAGAUUGUUUCAUUUUUUAGUAUAGUGCAAGAUGUUUUUAAUUUCUUUGGGUCUAGUGCACCAAGGUGGGUAUUAUUAGCUCUUGGUGAUGAACAAGCAUGUAAAGUUUCUAAGAAAACAUUAAAAAAAGUAUGCCCAACAAGAUGGGAAGCAAGGCAUGAUGCAGUAUUCAGUUUACAAGAGAGGUUCAUAGAUGUUGUUAAGUGCUUAACUAAAAUAUCAUUAACUACCAAGAAAACAGAUGAAAGAAACUCAAGUUUAACUUUAAAAAAAAAAAUCUUAAAUGUUGUAUCAAAAUUAUUACAAGGAGUUAAUUAUUCCAUUGAGAUGGCUUCUACACUUAUGAAUCAAUCAAUUACUCAAAUCAAUGAAUUAAGGAACAAUUAUGAUGGGAUAUUAAGUAAAUCAAAAGAAUUAUGUGCUAAAUGGAACAUAACAGUGCCAUUCCAUUUAGUACGUAAACAAUUUGCAAAUAAAAGGUUUGAUGAUUUUGAUGGUGACUUUCGACUUGAUAUUAAUGAAGAAAAUUUUAAAAUAAAAGUAUUUUUACCUGUGUUGGAUACUAUACUGUUUCAAUUACAUAGUCGAUUUGAAGGAAUGGUUACUAUAGUAAAUAAUUUUAAAUUUCUAUCGCCAUUAACCAUUAUUGAACAAAAUGAAGAUUAUAUUAUAAAAUCAUCAUAUGAUUUUAUAAAUUCGUAUACAGAAGAUGUUUCAUGUGAUCUUACAAGACAAUUAUUAUGUCUUAAGUUACAUAUUACAAAAAUUGAUAAAACUAUUGUAUCGGAACUUAAGACCAUACAGAAUUUGGCUUUUUAUAUAAUUGAUAUGGAUUUAUCAACAAGUUUUCCUGAUGUUUUAGCUGCAUGUCUUAUAUUUUUAACCAUUCCUGUUACGGUAGCAUCUGCAGAAAGGAGUUUUUCUAAGCUUAAAUUAAUUAAAAAUUAUUUGCGCAAUUCCAUAGGUCAAGAACGGCUAUGUGGAAUUUCUAUACUAAACAUAGAAAGAAGAAGAACUUCAGAUAUAGAUAUAGAGAAAAUAAUUGACAACUUCGCAUAUGCAAAAGCGAGAAAAAAACAAUUCUUUUAA